CCCUUUGCCGCGUACUUUGGUGCUCUGUUUAAGGUCUUCUAUCCUGAUCUCUAUCAACGCUACCAGAAGGUGUUUGAUGCAGGGAACUGGAUCCCUCAUGACCCUGGACCUUGGCUUGGACGUGCCCUUGUUUGGAAACUCCCUCUCGACCUCCACUUCGACCAUGGUGACAUUGGGCCUACUCUCACUAUUCCCCUUGGUUUCUUCCAUAAUGGCGAGAUGGAGUUCUCUGCCCUUGGGGCAUUGGGCAGGUACCGUGCUGGAGACAUUAUCCUUGGCUGGGACUGCAAAUUUGCCCACAAGGUUCGGGACUGGAAAAUUGCUAGGCAUGCUCUAGGCCAAGAUCUCAGCCCUGAGAAUGGUCCCAAUGUCCAGUGCCCUGAGUGGUUCUCUGGGGGCCGAGUUGCCUUGGUUUUCUUCUCUCAUGCCAUCACAGUGACUAGGCUGGAGAACAAGCCAGAGGGGUUUUUUGCCAAAUACCCCAAGCACCAUGAGCUGAAGACCCAGGAUAAGCAUGGGAAUACUGUACUGGAUCCUUGGGAGUUGUGUGAGUGUGGGUGGUCAGAGUGUGAGCGGGAGAAUGAGGAGAAGUUGAAGUUGCAGCCUGUUUGGAGGGCUGAGGGGAGACUAGCCACCAGACUCAAGGGCAAGGGCAAAGGCAAGGGGAAAGAAUGA